CAGUUUGAAGGAGUUGGCAGAGUCUCCUGCAGAGAUCGCAUCAGUCUCAGUGGGGGGAAAACUCUGCUGAGCUAGGGGAGGAAAAGGCUUCACCCGUUUCUGCACACUUGUCUUGAAAAGUGAUUUAGAGAUGCAGAGCUGCGCCAAAUCCUGGGGGAUCUUCUUGGCCAAGUCGGUGAAUCCCAGCGCACCGUGCAGGCAUCUGAGUGACAAGAGCCGCGUGGUUUGGAAACUUCAGUGCAGGAUCCGACACAGCGGCACAUCCCCAACAGCAGCAGCCCGGGGUCUGAGGACGUCUGCAGCCGUCUCCUCCAGACAGAUAGAGAGAAUAUUACCCAGACAUGAUGAUUUUGCAGAGAGGCACAUCGGUCCAGGUGAGAGGGAGAAGAGAGAAAUGCUGGAUGCUCUGGGACUCGAGUCGAUCGAUCAGUUGAUCGAAAACACAGUUCCAGCCUCCAUUCGUAUGCACUGGAGUAUGAAAAUGGAUGAUCCAGUCUGUGAGAAUGAGAUUCUGGAGUCUUUACAGAAGAUUGCAUCAAAGAACGAAGUGUGGAGGUCUUACAUCGGCAUGGGCUACUACAACUGCUCAGUACCUCCACCCAUCCAGCGUAAUCUCCUGGAGAAUGCAGGCUGGGUGACUCAGUACACGCCUUACCAGCCUGAAGUCUCUCAGGGCCGCCUGGAGUCGCUCCUCAACUACCAGACCAUGAUCUGUGACAUCACGGGCAUGCCUGUGGCCAACGCCUCCCUCCUUGACGAGGGAACGGCCGCUGCUGAAGCCAUGCAGCUCUGCCACAGACAGAACAAAAGAAGGACUUUCUACAUAGACCCACGUUGCCAUCCUCAGACCAUUGCUGUGGUGCAGACCAGAGCCAACUACAUUGGGGUAAAAACGGUGCUGAAGCUGCCUCAUGAGAUGGACUUUAGUGGGAAGGAUGUGAGCGGUGUGCUCUUUCAGUAUCCAGACACUGAUGGCAGGGUGGAGGACUUCACCGCCCUUGUGGACCGUGCACACAAAGGAGGGGCCCUGGCAUGCUGUGCCACAGAUCUGCUGGCUCUCUGCGUGCUGCGUCCUCCCGGGGAGUUUGGCGUUGAUAUCACGCUGGGCAGCUCCCAGAGGUUUGGGGUUCCUCUCUGCUACGGCGGUCCACACGCUGCCUUCUUCGCUGUUAAAGACAACCUGGUCCGGAUGAUGCCUGGCAGAAUGGUUGGCGUCACCCGGGAUGCAGCUGGUAAGGAAGUGUAUCGGCUUGCUUUGCAGACCAGAGAGCAGCACAUCCGCAGAGACAAAGCAACCAGCAACAUCUGCACUGCACAGGCUCUGCUGGCUAACAUGGCUGCUAUGUAUGCAUUGUAUCAUGGUCCUCAGGGACUCAAACACAUCGCUGAGAGGACACACAAUGCUGCUCUGAUCCUUGCUGAAGGUCUGAAGAGAGCAGGACACCGGCUGCACAGUGAGAUGUUCUUCGAUACUUUAAAAAUCAACUGUAGUGUGGCGGCCAAAGACAUCUUGGAGAGAGCCGUGCAGAGGCAGAUAAACCUGCGUGUAUACACUGAGGGAGUGUUGGGGGUGUCUCUGGAUGAGACAGUGACUGAAAGGGACUUGGAUGACUUGCUCUGGGUCUUUGGCUGUGAAUCAUCAGCUGAACUGAUUGCUGAGAAGAUGGGUGAGCGAGUGAAAGGGAUCAUGGGAAGUCCUUUCAAGAGGACGAGCAAGUACCUCACGCACCAAGUCUUUAACAGUUAUCACUCCGAGACCAACAUUGUGCGAUACAUGAAGCGCCUGGAGAACAAGGACAUCUCCUUGGUGCACAGCAUGAUACCAUUGGGCUCAUGCACCAUGAAGCUAAACAGUUCUUCAGAGCUCAUGCCCAUCACAUGGAGGGAGUUUGCCAACAUCCACCCCUUUGUGCCUCUGGAUCAGGCUGAGGGCUACCACAAACUCUUCAGACAGCUGGAGAAGGACCUCUGUGAGGUGACGGGCUAUGACAAGAUCUCCUUCCAGCCAAACAGUGGUGCUCAGGGAGAAUAUGCUGGUCUGGCUGCCAUAAAAGCCUACCUGAACUCAAAGGGAGAGAACUCAAGAAGUGUCUGCUUGAUCCCCAAGUCAGCCCAUGGCACCAACCCAGCAAGUGCUCAGAUGGCUGGCAUGAAGGUUCAGGUGGUGGAGGUGGACAAGGAUGGCAACAUUGACCUGGCACACCUCAAGGCUCUGGUGGAUAAACACAAGGCGAGCCUGGCAGCCAUGAUGAUCACCUACCCCUCCACCUUUGGUGUGUUUGAAGAGCAAAUCAGAGACGUAUGUGAUCUUAUUCAUGAAAACGGUGGGCAGGUGUACCUGGACGGUGCCAACAUGAACGCUCAGGUGGGCUUGUGUCGUCCUGGAGAUUACGGCUCCGACGUGUCUCACCUGAACUUGCACAAAACCUUCUGCAUCCCUCAUGGUGGAGGGGGACCCGGCAUGGGGCCGAUUGGAGUGAAGGCCCACCUGGCCCCGUUCUUGCCGAGCCACCCAGUGGUUGCCAUGCAGUCAGUCAACACCAGCAGCUCACUGGGCACCAUCAGCGCCGCCCCCUGGGGCUCCAGCGCCAUCCUGCCAAUCUCCUGGGCUUACAUUAAGAUGAUGGGAUCCAAGGGACUGCGUCACGCUACAGAGGUGGCCAUUCUCAAUGCCAACUACAUGGCCAAGAGGCUGGAAGGUCACUAUAAAAUUCUCUACAGAGGCAGGAAAGGUUUUGUAGCCCACGAGUUCAUUCUGGAUGUGAGGCCAUUUAAGAAGACGGCCAAUAUUGAAGCUGUCGAUGUAGCCAAGAGGCUGCAGGAUUAUGGUUUCCACGCACCCACCAUGUCAUGGCCAGUGGCUGGUACACUCAUGAUUGAGCCCACAGAGUCAGAGGACAAGGCUGAGAUGGACCGGUUCUGCGACGCCCUGCUUGGUAUCCGACAGGAGAUUGCAGACAUCGAGGAGGGAAGGAUGGACUCCCGGAUCAACCCACUCAAGAUGGCCCCUCACUCUCUGGCCUGCAUCUCAUCCUCCAACUGGGACAGACCUUACUCCAGGGAGUUCGCUGCUUUCCCCUUGCCCUUCAUAAGGCCCGAGACCAAAUUCUGGCCAAGCAUCUCCAGGAUUGACGAUAUCUAUGGUGACCAACACCUUGUGUGCACCUGCCCACCCAUGGAGGCCUACGAGUCUCCAUACGAAGAGAAGAGAGCCUCUUCAUAGAUGCUCCCUGUCGUCCAGUCCCAAUGUCCGGCCUAAGCUCAAAGCACUCAAAACUCAGACUCGAAACACUCAUGUGUUGAAAAUGUGACAGCAGGAGAGAGUAAGGGCUCAAAACUGGGGCUACUUUGUGAAAUCACGUUGUCUUGGGACCUAAGUAUUUCUGCUGCCAGUUAAAUACUGAUCAUAUUUCAGAUGUAGUUUAAUAAAACUACAUCUGAACAACAUCUGAGUGAUUUUUGCCAACCUUUUCCUUAAAAUAAUAACCCUCUAAAUUAUUAGUGUUUGAUCAAAUUAGGCAAAAACAGAAAUUAAUACUUUCGGGCUCUUCAAUGGGACAAUGAACUAGACAGUCUUGGCUGAUAUCGUGUUUUUUUUUUUUUUUUUUUUUUUUGGACACUUGUCAAAGUUGAUGAUUUAAGACUUUCCCUGGUCAACCUUGUUUUUAACGUUAGUGCCCUGUGAAUUUAAUUCCU